AUGUCUCCAUUUAUAGUGAUUCUAACCAUCUCUGUAACCAACGCCUUGUUGGCUGAGAACAGUUGCACGGUGACCUUAUACGACCAGGUUGCCAACGCUUUGUCCACCUGUACUACCCUCAGCAUCGGCAGCAUUACCGUGCCUGCCGGCCAGACCCAAUGCUGGGGGGGGGGGUGCCCAAACACUGGGGGCGGUCAAGGUGACAAUGGCAGAGUUAAACCCAAAUUCGUUAAGACUGAGACUACCGGUAAUUCGGUACUCAAGCGUAUCAAAGUAUUAAACUGCCCGCAUCAGUGCGUGUCGAUCGACGGCGCGGACACAGUCAAGAAUCAAGACGAUUGCGUCGCCGUGAACCAGGACUCCAACAUUCACCUGACCGGUUUGACCUGCUCGUCAACGUCACCUUUGUCGAUUCUUCAGUCUCAAACUCUGUUUAGCAAAUUCAUUCUAGAGAUCACUCGUUUCAUCAUCAACGUCCAGGAGGAUUACGCGAGAGGCGGUUCGACUGGCAUCCACAAGAACAACAUCCCCAUGACCGGGUUGGAUAUAUCCGAAAUAACCGCCACCAUCUGGAGCAAGAUCUCGUACGGCGGUACCGUCAAGGCCAACGGCUGCAAGAACUACACCCCAGCGGGUUUAAAUUGUAAAUAA